UCGACCUUAAGACAAAAAUCCGCUACUCCCAGCAAACCAUUUCGUCCACGACCAAGUCGCCUAGAGUCCUUUCACGGUCGGUCAGAUUCACCCAGCAAACAUGUCUGACAACGGAGAAAUCGAGGUCGAGGCCGUUUCGGGCUACCAGGUCCUGCCCAAGGAUGUUGUCGCCGAGAUUGGCAGCAUCAAGCUCUUCAACAAGUGGAGCUAUGAGGACGUCGAGAUUCGCGACAUCUCAUUGACAGACUACAUUCAGAUCCGGUCACCGGUCUACAUCCCCCACUCGGCUGGCCGUUAUGCCGUCAAGCGCUUCCGCAAGGCCAACUGCCCCAUCAUUGAGCGUCUUACCAACUCUCUGAUGAUGCACGGCCGUAACAACGGCAAGAAGCUGAUGGCUGUCCGCAUUGUCGCACACGCCUUUGAGAUUAUCCACCUCAUGACCGACCAGAACCCCAUCCAGAUUGCCGUUGACGCCAUUGUCAACUGCGGCCCUCGCGAAGACAGCACCCGUAUCGGUAGCGCUGGAACCGUCCGUAGGCAAGCCGUCGAUGUUUCGCCUCUGCGCCGUGUCAACCAGGCCAUCUCCCUCCUGACCACUGGCGCCCGCGAGGCUUCGUUCCGCAACGUCAAGUCUAUCGCUGAGUGCUUGGCUGAGGAGCUGAUCAACGCCGCCAAGGGCAGCAGCAACUCGUACGCAAUCAAGAAGAAGGACGAGUUGGAGCGUGUGGCGAAGAGCAACCGUUAAGGAAUAUUUCCUUUUUAUGUGGAUAUGGGGACGGGCGCAGAAUCGGGCUGCUGGGUCUGUUUUGCUAUUUGGCAAUCGGAAAGUUCUUUCUCGGGGUUUAUGUCUCUCAUCGGAAAGUUGCAUUUGCGCGUUCAGGCUUUUGGCAAAGGUGGAUUGCGGUUUUUUCUCCAACGGCAAUCUUUGUCACAUAGGGCUUAUCUAAAAAAAAGAAAGGCUCCGCUCACGGGAGGGCGAAUCACGAAGACCAUUGAAUUAAAUACCUGUGCUACGUU